UCGACCUACCUACAAGACAUAGAUAACCUCAAAACGUUCCUUAUCUGUUUACAUCGUGGUUGCACGAGAGUGAAUAAAAUUCUGAACAAGAGGAAUCGCCACAAUGACAUGGGAGGCCGUGAAACAAGCGGCCGAGAAAAACAGGCACGAGUUGGUGCUGUCGGGCACGUCGGUGUCCCAACUGAUCAAAAACACGCACGGCCUGGAUAAGAAUUUGUUUAACCUUCACAAUUUGAAUUAUCUUAGUAUAACAUAUACGUGUCUUCAGGAAGUGCCGGAUGAAAUCGAGAAGCUGGUGAAUCUUGCGACUUUGGUGCUGUACUCGAACGAGAUCGUCGCGUUACCAUGCGCGAUAGCUAAACUGGCCAAGCUGAAGGUGCUCGAUUGCUCGAGGAACAAGUUGACCUCUCUCCCGAGAGAACUCGGUGAUCAUCCCCAUUUAAGCACAAUCAAUCUUGCCUCAAAUUGUCUACGAGACGUACCAUCGCUAACUUUGUGUACAAAAUUGAGCAUCCUAGAUCUAUCGAACAAUCAGCUUAAGGCCUUUCCCGACGUUUGUCAUACAGAACUCGUACAUUUGUCCGAGAUUCACGUUAAUGGCAAUUAUAUAACGGAAAUUCCAAUUACUAUAAGCCGACUACAGGGAUUGAAGAUCUUAAAUAUAGCAGAUAACUCAAUUUCUGUUGUACCAAGUGAAUUAGCAGAUUGUAGUAAACUGAAAGAGGUGUAUCUGCAGGAGAAUAAAUUGUCAGAUAGGAGGCUAACAAAAUUAAUUAAUCAAUGCUCCACGAAGCAAAUACUGGAUUACAUCAAGUCGCACUGUCCAAGAAGUGAAUUGUCCACGACAGAAAAUAAUACGUCGAAGAAAGGAAAAAGGGGUCAGAAAGUCUCCGAAAGUGAAAGUGUAGUCGAUAGCUUGGCGCAUAAAUUAAAAGUCUUGAAAAUAUUGGACGACACACCAGUAAUAAAAAUUACAGAACACGUAAAAAGUAUCAGGCCUUAUAUAGCUGCGUGCAUCGUGAAAAAUAUAAGCUUCACAGAGGAGAAUUUCAAAAAAUUCAUUCAGCUGCAAACAAGAUUACACGAUGGAAUAUGCGAGAAAAGAAAUGCAGCUACAAUAGCGACUCACGAUUUGAAACUCAUUGUACCUGGAGAUCUCACAUAUACGGCGGAGGUGCCUACAGAAUUGAAGAUAAAGCCUCUAAUGUACAACAAGAUAUACACAGGCGCGGAUCUGUUCCAGAAGUUGCAGAUGGAAGCUGAGGCUCUACGUAAAGAGAAGAAACGAAAUGUGUAUUCUGGAAUACACAAAUAUUUAUAUCUGCUUGAAGGCAAACCGUUAUUCCCAUGUCUGUUGGACCAGUCGCAGCAGGUUAUUUCAUUUCCACCCAUCACAAACAGUGACAUAACGAAAAUGUCUGUAGCCACCCAAGAGAUGCUCGUGGAAGUAACUAGUGCUAUAUCAUAUACAAUUUGCAGGAAUGUAUUAGAUCAAUUUCUGAGGGAAUUGAUAGUCUCGGGUCUCACCGAUUCCACAGAAUCGAAGGAUACAGAUAACAAGUGUAACAACUUGACGGUUCAACAAGUUAAAGUAGUCGACACCCAAGGAAAUCUAAAGUUGGUAUAUCCUUCAAGGGCAGAUUUGAAUCUUAGCGAACAGCUUGUCGUUGUAUUACGAGACUAAAGAGAACAAGGAGAGCAGUUGAAUUUUGCUCAAAUUCAAUCGGUUUAAAAUUUAAUAGGUUUUUUUUUUCGUAAAAAGGAGAGGAAGAAGAAAAAGAGAGAAAUAUAAAUUCAUGAAAUAUAGAGGCUCCUUAUUUUCGAUUCGUCAUUCGAGAACUCGACGUGAGAUUUAUUAGAUGGGAGAGUAAUUAGUUUUUUUUUUUAAUAUUGACGUGUUUGUCGCGAUAGACGUCGAGAUCGCGUGACGAAGCAUAACGAAGUAAUCGCGAUGGGCGCGUUCGGCUCGCUUUAUCGCAUCGAUUAGAGGCGUUCGGUGACAGGAUGCGGCGGUUAUCCGCAGAUUUGAAAUGGUCGCGAAGGGACAUCGGCCGGCGCUAAAGGCCAACGGCGGCGAUGGUGGCGCUACCGUCUCGCUGCCUAAUCGCGCCGUCUCGACGAGCGCCGGUACUCUGGAUCCUCAUCUGUUUUUAUAAAUAUUGUACUUUGCUACGCGUGCCGCGUUCGCGUUCGAAACUUCCGACGUUCGUCGACCGACACCCUCCGCUGCGUUCCCGCGGGUUGU